AUGAAUGAAUCUUUGGAAAAUGAUAGGAUCCGAUUUGGAAAUGGUCCCUCAUCCAUUGCAUACAAUCAAACCACAUCCGAUUAUAGCAACUAUAAUAAUGAUUCCGAUCCCUCAUCCUACCAUAAUUCACCUACAUCUCUCAAAAAUCAUUCUGUCCUCAGCGGAGGUGAACAGACCAUAAUGUCUACAACCACCAAUGCAACAACUUCGAUACUACCACCCGAUCAUGCAAAUAUUAAUUUCAAACCGACCGCAACUGCUAUAUCAAAGGUUACCAAGUUGAAGUUACAUGUAUCGUUGGACUCGACGAUUUAUACAGCGGGCGGAAUAUUGACCGGAAGGCUGGAAUUGGUUAGUACCACCUCGAGAUCCUUGAAGCUCGGCGAGAUAUCUUGUGAGUUGACUGCUUAUGAAGAAUUAAAUACGAGAGAGUACACGGCAUCACAAUCAUUCCUAUCUUCUCGACUGGUGUUUCAAAGUGCAACAUUACCACCAUCAAAUGCCGUACAUGGACCACCUGACAAUGGCUACUGGACCGCGAAGAAGGGGAAGACUACUUUCCCAUUUUCAUUUAAGAUUCCCGUUGAUGCGCCAAGUUCUGUAGAAUACGGGAAUGGUGCAUGCUUACGAUAUAUUGUAACCGGAGUUAUCCAAUUUUUAAAUAACAACAAGCAAGAUUCAAUGUUUAAGGCAAAGGAGGCGUUUGUGGUUGAGGCAUGGGAUGCAUAUAAUCCUUUAUAUAAGCAACCAAUUGAUGCUGUAAAUAUGAAACAGCUGUGGAUGGGCGGAAGUGGUGCUAUCACGUUGGAAAGUACAUUGGUAGAAACCUUAUUCCAAAGUGGUGGGAAUGUUAGCAUAAAGGUUAGGGUAAAGAACGAUACCAAACGGAGGGUCCAAGGACUUAAAGUAUCUAUCACGCAUAGGCUGUUGAUACUGGCAAACAAGGCCAAAAAAGAGAUAGAUCAGGUUAAGGCUGUGGGUGAGACUGUUAAAGAGGAAUGGUUUAAGGGUAAAGAUUUUUUGUUCGACUGUGGCGAAGAUAGAUCAACCAUUGUUCAUAUUAAUGUACCGAACAAUGUAAGAACAAUAAGAAAUACUGCUCUUUUCGAAGUUGUAUGCUACAUCAUCGUAUCACUAUAUUUGGGGCCAUUCACAAAGGAUCUCUCCGUGCAGCUUCCGGUCUAUAUAGCACAUUCAGCAUCACUGCAACCUCCUCCUAUGGCUGAUACAGAUCUUAACCAUUUUCCAAACCAUUACAACAUGAUGGAUGAAAGUGCUGAUUUUUUUAUCGAGGACAUUAGACAAGAUGACAAUGAAGUACUUGAAUAUGUCGCCACUCCAGUGAGUAUUCCGUCUAAAAAAGGAACCAGAAUUUUACCUUGGACGAAUGGGGAUGAUGAUUACAAAGGUCAUUAUUCACCUCGAGGUUCAUUCGGAUCGGGAAUGUUUGGCUCGGCAAGUCCAAAGAAACUUAGUUCAUUGGCGUCAUCAUUUCUUGGUCGGCCGAAACAAAUGACACCAUCUUCUCCAUCAAAAUUAAUUGCAAAAUCUCCGCCGUUGGCACCUGCAUCACCUUAUGCGUACAUUCCUGCAAUAGAGCGUGUGAGAUACCUUUCAUUCUCAACUCAAGAACAGAACGUAGUACAAAAACGUCCUUAUACACCACAACCGACAUCCGCUCUGGGUAGUGCAGUUAAUGGGUUCGGUGUUUAUUCUGGAUCGCAAGCAUCCGAAUACGAAUUUGGAGCAUCACCACCUCCCACAAAGGCUGUACAAAAAUGGUUAGAAAAUCAAAACACGAAUGAUCAAGCUGAUUCUUCGAGCAUUGUGACUCCCCCAUUAUCGGAGCCAGUUGAGCAAAGUGCAAAAUCCACGGUUUCGCCAUGGUCACAUGUAAAUCGUACACAAGAAAUAAUGAAUAUCUCACCAAAAUCACAAUCUCCGAAAUCCGGUUUGCAAGGUCCUAUUGCAAUUCCAGUGCAAAACACGUCAAAGUUGCCGGAUAGCACAUUUCAACGAAGCAAUAGUAUUGUUUCAUCGCCAUCUGGUCCUUCUGGAUUAACUUUGCUUAUGAAACAAAAGUCCUCAUCACCCUCAGUCAUAGAUCAUACGUUUGAAGAAAAACAACCAGUAAAUUCUGGUGACUCUGUUCUCAAAGAAAGGAAUAUAUCCAAAGAAGAUGAAGAAGAAAGUAUCGUUAUUAUUGAUGAAAAUAACGUUCCAAAAUCAGAUUUUCUUCAAGUUCCAGGAACCGAACAAGAUAUAUCCAGGCAAUUUCCUCCUGCAUCUACAAGUGGUGCUAUUGGAAACAUAUCAGCAUUGUUGAGAUGGGGCGGUUCUUGGAUUGGAUAUAGUAAUGACGAUCCUAAUAAAAGUCAGGAUAAUCAUGAUGCAACUGUAACAAAUAAUGAUAGUCAGAAUAAGGGAGCAAACGAUGAGAGGCCACGUAAAGCGCUUCCAUCACACCCAGAAUAUGCAUCUGAUACUUCCAAAAUUCGCGCAAUUAAAGUUGAUCAGAUAAUGGAUAUUAUUCAAAAUGAUCAGACUUUUGAUGAAGAUGUCAGAUCAGAAAUUCCAGAUGAUGAUUUAAUUAAGGGGAGACCGAGAAGAACACUUCCCCCACCACCUGAAGAUGCGACAAAUACCAGAAAAGCUCGUGCAAUUAAAAUCAAUGAAAUCGUAAACAUCGCUAAAAAUGGUCAGGACAUUUUUGGCGUAGAGAUGCCAUCAACGGAAAACAGUUCUCAAGUAACUAGUGCACCAAUUGUACCAGUGAUCCAGGACACUCCUGUACAUAGGCCACGACGAAAUCUUCCCCCUAUUCCAACGAAGCCUCUGUCUCUUAUCUCCGAAGCGCCUAGUAAUGUCAUGACUGAUUCUAACAAAAGUAAAGUGACAAUAGAGAACGAGAUUGCCUUAUCAUCAAAAUUGGCUGACGCUACCUCAGAAAUAAACACAAAAUCUUCUAGUCCACCUGUCCCGCCAAAACCACCCAAGCUCGCCGCUAGUCCACCUAAAUCGCCUAAAACAUCCAAGCUUGUCUCUAGCCCGCCAAAACCUCCCAAACCUACAGUCACGAAGCCUAAUCAAAACCCUACAAAAGCGUCAAUAUUUAUGUCAUUGGGACAAAAGAAAUCAGGUUUAGCCGACAACAGUGUGGUACCAUCUUCGUCCGCGAUUCAAGGUGGUAUUAGUUCACCGCCGAAGCAGACUGGGUUCAAUGUUCCACGAAAACCUGUAAGUCGAAACAAUAUUUUGAACAUUGAAGAAGAAGCCAUGAAUACCAAUAAAUUUGGAAAUGAUGAUAAUAGAAUUGAAUCAAAAGAUGAUAAUAGACUUGUAGCUGAUGUUUCAAAAAACUCUGUCUUAACUGAUAAUGCGCCGUCAACAGGUCCCUCGUCAAACGUAAACUCCGGCGAAAUAUCCUUAUCUUCACCGAAAUUUGAAGAAUCAAAGAAUUCCGAUAAAGAUCCAUUCGGUGAAAUUAUUAUUCCUUCCGAACUGAUUAAUCCUUCUCCGCCCCCAAAAACAUCUUUACCAACAACUAGUUCGACUCCAAUUUCUACCACAAAUCUUACCAGAAAAAAAACUUUUAGUCAACACAAACUGGGGCCAAUGUUACCCACUCUUCCUCAGACCAUACUUACCAAUCCCCAUAAUGAAAAUAUGAUUAUCGAGGAAGAAUCUGUUAACGAGACUUCUAAAUUCUCUUCUUCACCGAUAAGUCAAUAUUCCAAGAUCACUUCAACAUCAACAACUUAUGUAAAUACCACUAUAGCAAAACCUGUUGUUAUUUCUCCUUUACUGCAAAAGAGUGAUGGUGAGUUAAGCACUGAUAUUGCAAGUAAUAAAACAGUGCUAAAGACGAAUAAAAAGAAUAAGAAGUUGGUGGAUGACAACGAUGAAAAUAGAUUAACGUUUAAGAUAAUUGAGCCUCCGAAACAAGUAUUGAGUCCCAGACUACAAGAGUAUAUUAGUAAAUACAACAGGGCCACAUCUGGUGGAAAUUGA